CUUGCAUUGCUGUAAUAUGAUGCACUUCUCUACCAUAUACGGAACACAACACACAUCAAGCAAAACACAACCAGACAAGAAACAAACGAAAAACCCAUUAGUCCAUAGCAAAGGCAAAAUACUCACAGCCAGUUCUAUAUAUGUGGCGAACAAAUAUCACGCACAUUUUUCGCCGCUACUCCGCUCCGCUACUUUCGUUCGAAUACAAAAUGUGCUUCACGUUUAUUUUAAAUCGCAUUUGUUAGGCGGAUUGUGUUGUUGUGCGUGAAGUGUGUAUAUAUAACAAAACGUAUAAUUUUUUAGUAAUUAAUUUCGAUAAGUUGUGUUGUUGCAUCUGAAAUUUGGAGCUUGUGAGAUUUGCGUUCAGUUUAUUCAACCGGGCAUUGAUUUUUUUUGUUUGUUUCACUCCUGUCGGAAUGGUCAUGGUGCGUUUUUAUUCAAAAAUAGCAGCUUAUCAAUAGGAUUAACAGAGACGAAUUUUGGUCAUUGAGCUUGAUUUCUAUGCCGUGUGACAUUUAAUCGAUAUAGACAUGUAAACAAAAUUGACAAUUGAAUCAGCGCGGAAAUUGAGAAAAAAAAAACGAAAUACAUUAUCAAUGCCCGAUAUGAGUGAAUCCAAUGUUGAAUUGGUGAAAUUUUAACAGUGGCCACCGUUGCUGCUGCUGUUGCUACUGUACCACUAGUCAAUGAACACCGAAACGAAAACAUCAACAGUGUGAAACGGAGUUUGAUAUGUCAUAUCAAAACAUCCUAUAUUGGAUAUGUGAAUUUAUGCGAGUUCAUUGUGUGGCAGUUGUGAACAGUUCAAGAUUUUUUCACUGUCAACAUACAUAUAGAAGAAACGUGUACGGUUCGUGUGACGAAGGGGAAAUUGUGUUGCGCGCGGUCAAUAUUCUUGGUGCCUUCAUCGCCACCGCCGUUGCCGUCGACCCGAGACGUAUUUGGAUUAUUUCAUAGUGUUAUUGUUAAUGUUUAUAAAGAGUUCUAUGCCCUGUGUGUGAUGGUAUGAAUAUAAAAAAAACAUAAACACUUUAUUAUUGAAAUCGAUGUGAAUGAAACAAACAAAGCGAAAUACAUGCGUACUUCUUUCAUUUCGAGUUUAUUAAACGAAGUAAAUCAUUCCCAACCAAUACCAAUGAAAGUAGAAAACAAUUCGGUCAAAUAAUUGUUGUGUGACUAAGACUGAUUUCCGUUCGAUAGAUUAAGAAAAUACGAAAAAAUAAAAUUAGAAACCAGCGCUGCCAAAAUGUCGUUGCAAAAGUAUAUUGUUGCGUCAAAUUUAGUGAAGAUAUUAUUAAUCACAUGUGUCAUACUGUUGCGAUUACCAAAAUGUACCACAAAACCAGCGAUAGACAUGUAUAGCGAUAAUGUCCAAAAUUAUUUAAUGGAAUUUGGUUAUUUGCCGAAAUCUGAUAUUGAAACGGGAAACCUACGAACCGAAGACCAAUUAAAAGAAUCGAUAAAAAAUCUGCAAAAAUUUGCAAAUAUUCCAGCGACUGGUUUGAUUGAUGAGAAAACGAUGGCAUUGAUGAAAAGGCCACGCUGUGGUCAGCCCGACAAUCCAAAUGUGCCGGAUUUCUUUGCAACGAAUCGCCUAAAACGACGCACACGAAGAUAUGUAAUUCAAGGACCAAAAUGGACAAACACCAGUCUCACUUGGAGUUUGGUGAAUCAAACGAUGGCCGAUUUAGAUGUUAGAAAGGUGCGACGAAUUUUGGGCGAAGCGCUAGAUGUUUGGUCACGUGGAUCACGUUUAACAUUCCAAGAGGUGUACAGCAAAGAUGCAGAUAUUCAAGUUUUGUUCGCACGGAGACAUCAUGGUGACGGAUAUGAUUUCGAUGGACCGGGAUCUGUGCUGGCUCAUGCAUUUUAUCCAGGAAGUGGUCGUGGCGGUGAUGCGCAUUUUGACGAAGAGGAAAAAUGGGUUUUGUCUCCAAGCGAGGGUGAUGGUACAAAUUUAAUGGGCGUUGCGGUGCAUGAGUUUGGUCAUUCGCUGGGAUUAGGACAUUCGUCCGUUGAUAGUGCAAUUAUGUUUCCAUGGUAUCAUGGGCCGCAAAAGUAUAUAGAAUUACCCGAAGAUGAUCGAUUGGCGAUUCAGCAAAUUUAUGGAUCACGUGAAAAGGUAUGGGGUACAUUGGAUAAUCCACGGCCACCACAAACGACAACAUCGACAACGUCAACAACACCACGAUCAUAUUAUCCUGAUCGUGAUCCAUCAAAUCGUGAUCGUGAACGAGAACGCGAUGAGAGAGAAAGACAAGAAGAACGAGAAAGAGCACGAGAACGUCAACGGCAAGAAUGGCAAAGAAGAGAAUGGGAACGACGCGAACGUGAGCAUGAGCAAAAAGAAAAAGAGAGAAGACGACAAAAAGAGCGCGAACAACGUGAACGAGAUGAAGAGGAACGAAGACGACAAGAGGCUGAAUGGGAGAGAGAAAAUGAACGUCGACGAUAUCAAACAACAGCAACACCGAAGAAACCAUGGCAUGAUCACAAUCACCAUCCAAAAUACAAUAAAAAUGGACAAAAUCAUCCUAAGAAAGAAAAACCAGAUACAUGCAACACCAGCUACGAUGCCAUCACCAUCAUUCGAAAUGAACUAUUUAUCUUUAAAGAUCGCUACUUGUGGCGUAUCGGCGACAAUGGAUUGCAUAGCGGUUAUCCGCACGAAAUCACUCGUGUAUGGAAUCAAUUGCCAAGUAAUUUCACUCACAUUGAUGCCGUCUAUGAGAAUAAACAGAGAAAAAUCGUAUUUUUCAUUGGAAAAAUGUAUUACGUUUUCAAUUCAAAUAAAUUGGAGGAUGGUUACCCCAAAGCACUAACCACUCUUGGGUUACCAGCAUCACUGGAUAAAAUCGAUGCUGUUCUGGUAUGGGGUCACAACAAUCGAACAUAUUUCUAUAGCGGAACCAUGUAUUGGAGAUUCGACGAAGAUAUUCAUCACGUGGAAUUAGAUUAUCCACGUGAUAUGUCAAUUUGGCGAGGUAUUGGUUACCACAUCGAUGCAGCGUUUCAAUAUAAAGACGGAAAAACGUAUUUCUUCAAAGGUAAAUCAUUUUGGCAAUUCAACGAUUCGAUAAUGCAUGUGGCACGAAGCAGACCAGAAUCGUCUGCCGUACGAUGGAUGGGAUGUCGUCGACAAUCAACGUAUUCGAAUGAAGUGUACGACGAUGAGGAUCAACAACAAAGAGAGCCAUUGAUUUCAUCAAAAGCGACGAUCGUUUCGGGUACCGCCGUCAACAUCGUUCUAUUCAUAUCUGCCAUGUUGGUUCUAUCGCAUUUAUAGUAGCAAACAAAAGAACAAACAAACAAACAAUUCUAUAAACGCAUUGCAGGCCGCAUUGUGCUUAUCAAACAUAAUUUAGAAUUUAUCUAUUUCUAUUUCUUUUCUGUGUCGUUUAUUCUCAUUAAGCAAUUUUGCAAUAUUUGGACUGCUUUUAUAAAAUAUUUUUACGUGCAAAUACCAAGUAAUUAAAGUAUACCGAUUUCAUUUUAAUUUUUUAUUUUUAAUUAAAUUGAACUGAACGUUUUUGAUUCGAGAAUCAAUUAUUAAUUUAAAAGAGAGAAAAAAUUUUUUUUUAGCAAAAACACCAACAACAACAAUCGUAAAUCCGUUAAUUUAAUCGUAUGCAUAAUAUAAAUUUUAAAAUUAAUUUUAUGUUAAGAGUCACAUUCGGGCGAUAUGAGCUCAACACGUGUUUAUCGAAGGUUCAUGCUUGAAUGCACAGUGUGCUUUAGAUAGUAAAUCAUACUUAUACUGGAUUAUUUGGAGACGAACAGCCACCAUCUGUGUCACAUAUAUAGAUGUAUACGUAUAGUAACGUAUGACAUGAAAGAGUUUUCAUUUUCUUUUGUAUGUUUCAACCGAAUACUUCAGUCACCAAUCAAAUACAUCAACAACAACAAGAAGUGAAAGCAAUAACGUUCUAAUGAAAUUUUGUCAAAGUUUGUUAGUUUUUAUCGAUCCUUUUUCUAUGUAAUAUGUUUAUUUUUUUUUUUAUCAAAACUUCAUCGCAUCAAAGUUUUCAUCCAAAUAAUCAG